AUGUCUCGAACAUGGUGCACCACACUAGAAGAGAGCAUUGUAUCAGAGUACCUAGAUGGCAUCCUCAACAGAAAGAAGAAGAACUUACCCCCGCGCUCACCUUAUGAGACGUCCGCUUCUCAGCGCGCACGUAGCGCCGUGCGGCUCGGUGCUGGGAAACAUACAGGCAGUAGGCCGGGCAGUGCGCAGAGACCAGGGAGCGCACAGAGGCCGAGUAGUGCACAGCGCCCACGUAGUGCUGUGCGGCCAGCAAGUAGGGAGAAACAGGAGGUCAGACCUAAAACUUCAUGUAGUGUUAAGAAGAGUGGUAGUAAUAUGAGCACUAAGAGUUACGGGUCAGCUACAUCAAUAAACUCUUCUCAACUAUCCGUGUAUUCUGCUAAUGUUCAGGGACACCCAGGAAAACAUUUUCCUUCAAAGAAAAUAGUGAAAAGAGUAAUCAAAUUCACCGCACCCGACCAAUCUAAACAUCUCGUCACACACUCUUUUUCUGAGCUGAUAGAGAAGUCACACUCUCAUCAUCUGUACACGAGUGACGGUACAGCCCUGACGAGCGAGCUCUACCAUCUACUCCCACAUAACUGUCACAUUUACGUGUACGAUCCUACUACAGCUCAACCAGCACGUGCUUCUAAACCUAAGAUAAUGUGGACAAAGGACGGUAUCCAGGUUUCAGGAGCCCGACCUAAACGAACCACCAAACCCAACCUGUCCGCAAGAAUGCAGAAACUGGUAGAGAACCGGAAGCAGCGUGUGUUAGUGUUUAAGAACGGAGAGCACCGCAAAGCAGGCUCCGUUGCUGUGACAGAGGGAAGUUUGAAGAACAUGUUGAAUGAUACUACUAAUGUACUGGGAUUCUCUGUUAGCAGUUUGUUUACUGUUGAAGGCACUAAACUUAUUGAGGGUGAGCCAGUACCACACGUUUUGUCAAAUUGUCACAUAAAAGGGCCACUGUGGGCAUCACGCGGUAAUGAGACAUUCUCAUUUCUUGGAGCUUACAACUGGUGCAAACAGGAGCACAAAGCUCUGAAGAAGGAGUUGAACUUGUGCCAAGAUAAACUUGCUAAGUGGGCUAAAGAGUGUCUUUCUUGGCCAACAAACUCUGAUGGUUCGGAGAAUGGUAAACUCUCGUGGCCUGUUGAGGGACUUCUCCUUUCUAGAGCUCCUUCUCAGCAGGAGUCUAAAUCACCCAAGAAACAGACUCCAAUGCCGGUAGUUCUAAGACUUGGUGUGAGAAACAACGGUAGUUGCGAUCCAAUCAGACAUGUUACUGCUCCAGAUCUUAGUAACAUGAAGAAAGACCUUGCCAUGAAACGGCGGUCUAUUGAACUAAAACAGCGAGACAGACAACCAGAUACCCAACGCUGGCUUGACAAGCACUCUAAAGAAGUGGUCCAUGACGACCAGGAGAAAGUUUCGGAACUAGAGUUCAGACUUUUUCUAGACAAGUGUGGUAGUAUGUUGGGCUUAACAACGUCUCCCACUCGGCUGUUUCUAGUUAAUGGUGAAGAGCUCGUGUCCCUGGAAUCCUUAGAACGGGACACGGAGGUUUAUACUCUAACUGUGUCCCAGUGUUCGGUAAAUCCUCCCAAUCCUGUGGAUCAUGCUGGCUCCAAGCUCAAGAUAGCGCCCCCCUUCACGCAAGUAGCCAAAUGGGCAAGACACAACCAGAAAUGGAGUUAUGACAUGAACACGGGCCAUCUAACCGCGUUUGCUGGAACACCCUUGUGUAAAAGUCUCAAUGCCGCUCUGCAAGCUAAAAUCUGCACCUACGCUGUGACGAGUAGUGACAACGCUGAACAACCAACCUACAUCAUGGAGAAUCCCGGAAUCUCAGGAAUCCCCGACGACAACACCCACAUCUACGUGUGUGGUUCCUGUGCUACUGCCCUGAGGGACCGGUACUCCGUCGAUAAAAUAGACCCCACCACAUUUGUCUGUUCUGUUGGGUACUACUGCUCAGCAGCAAACCUGACAUGA